AUGGCAAACCGCCGCCGCCCGCAGGUCGCGUCGGUCACCGGUCGCCGUCGCUCCAUCUCAGACCCUCUCGCCGCAGCCCUCCUCCCCCCUCCAAAUGAAACUCCAGAGCAACGCGAAAACAGACUCCGCGAGGAGGAGGAUGCCAAGAAACGCAGCGAUAGGAUUGACAAGAUGAUCAAGGAGAGUGAACGGGAACGGCGCCGGAAGAAGGUGAUCAAAGUCCUCCUACUUGGCCAGAGCGAGAGCGGCAAGAGUACUACUUUGAAGCGUGAGUGCGGGUUUGACGAUCUCGAUGACGUCUACUCGACCGAGGUUGCAUCCAUCGUCAUUAGCUCGCCCAUCAGCUCGCACAACCGUCCUGUGUCAGCGAGCGCCGCAGGCCCCGAUUACGAGAGCUAUCACAGGCGGCUGGCGCCGCUGAUGGAGCUGGAGCUGCGCUUGAUUCAGCUGCUGUCUGACCCAGAAGACAACGACACGCGCGAAGCGACGCACCUCCCGCCCGACGCGCUCGCCUAUCCUCCUCGUGGCUACGGCUCCACGCCACCGUCUUCCUCCGCAUUCGGCCCGAGCACGAGUGCGCCGUCGCGCCCUGCGCCGCGGAUCAGCAUCCCGCCCACCGCCGCGUCGUCGCCUACGUCACCCACAUCCCUGUCUCCUACGACGGAGCUGUCCGUGAGCACGACGUCAACGUGGAAGAGGGUGCUCACGCUGGGCAACCGCAGCCCGAAAAGCGAGCACACGGGCGAGCUGCAGGGCUGGUGGGAGGACCCGCACGACCCAGUGCACAUCCUGUACCGCUGCGCGCCUGUCAUGACCGAGCUGUGGCGCGACAAGCGUGUGCGGGCACGACUGGGAGAAAAACGCAUUCGUCUCGAGGAGAGCAGCGGGUUCUAUCUGGACGAAAUCCAGCGGGUCACGGCGAAGAUGUACUUCCCCACGGACGAGGACGUUCUCAAGGCACGCCUGAAGACGAACGGCGUGGUCGAGCACUCGUUCAGCCUGCCGAAAAAUAGCGAGUUCGGCGGCGUCGAGUGGAAGAUCUACGACGUCGGCGGGUCGCGGCCGCAGCGGCGGGCCUGGGAGCCGUAUUUUGACGACGUGAAUGCGAUCAUAUUCCUCGCCCCCAUCAGUGCCUUCGACCAAGUGUUGGCUGAGGACCCUUCUGUGAACCGCCUAGAGGACUCUAUGCUGUUGUGGCAGUCCGUAACAUCGAGCAAGCUGCUUGCGAAUGUCAACAUCGUGUUGUUUCUGAACAAGUGCGACCUGCUGAAGCGGAAGCUCGAGAGCGGUGUGCGGCUCAGCCAUCACAUGCCCUCAUAUGGCGACCGACUCAAUGACUACGAGACGGUAUCCAACUAUUUCCGGUCGAAGUUCAUCGCACAACAUCACUUGUGUACGCCGAACAAAUCAAGGGAAUGUUUUGUGCACCUGACUUCGGUCACCGAUUCCCGCAAGACGCAUCUGAUCAUCAACAACGUGCGAGAUAUAAUCUUGACAGGAAAUCUAAAGUCUUCUCAAUUGAUUUGA